CAAAAAUCAUUGUGCCUCGAGCACUCGAGUAUCUCCGCCGUCCUUUCCGCGUCAAAGAAAAUCCCCCCGUCUCGUCUCGUCUCGGCCUCCGCCCCUUUCGUCCUCGCCGAUCCCCCAUCUCGCGAGCACAGCAAGGGUUAGGGUUGGGGCGCCCAUCUCCAUCUGGCGAGCAGAGGCCGGGGAGGGAGGGGCGCCGUCGUCCUGCUGCAUCCUGGCGAGAUAGAAGCAUGAUGGCAAAGACCCUGCAAGGGACUCAACAGCAAUAUGCAGCAAGUGGAUUUCCUACCCAGCAAUACCCCACAAGUGGCUGGACACAAUCUGCAGCUGAAAUUCUUCAGUUGGAUAAUAUGGAUCAAGAUACAUCCGUAGUUCGCAAUAUUAUUCACCGUAAAAUUGUAGAGUACCUAAAUGAGCGGAAGGAAUUCUGCAACUUUGACCUAUCCUUUCUUAUGGAAAUUGGAAAAUGUAUUGACCGACAUCUUUUUGAGAAAGCUGAUUCAAAGAUUAAGUAUAUGGAUCUUGAAACUUUAAGAACCAGGUUGAAUGCUAUCGUCAAUUCUGCAUCAUUUCGGGGUAGUAUGUUUCAUUGGAGUGCUUCAGCAGCUUCAUCCAAACUAAACUCACAACAGCUGCCUGUGAUGGAGGUGCCCAUCUACCAUGAUAGAGUUACUCCUGGACCUAAUAAUCUGCCCUCCUGUGCAUAUAAUGUAUCCUCCACUCAGGGAUAUAACCAAUAUGAAAACUGUAUGGGUGCUGCUAACUUUGCUCAUUCGUUGGCUGAUAAACCCAAGCAGAUGCCUGAAAGAUUAGCAAACACCAUUUUUACCUCAUGUGCAUCAACUCUACCGAAAUGUAGCCCUAGUAUUGAUGUACUGCAUAUUGGCCAUAUAAAAGAACAUUUCUCAGGUGAUGCGUAUCAAAAUGAUAGUUCACAACCAUCAACCUCUGGGAGUUCUAGUUCUUUGUCAGCAGUGUGGGAUCAAACAACAUGUUCUAGUGCAAUGAGAACACUUCCGAUGGAUUCUUUCUCAACAGUGAACGGACAAAACCUUUCCACAAACAAUAAAAGUUUGUAUCCCACAACCGGUCAGGGACCUUUGUUGCAACAAUACAUAGAAUGUGAGAUGAAGCAAGAGACGUGGAGUCGGUCACUAGAGCAAUCAGAUCAGUCAAACAUUACCACUGGAAACCGUGACUUGUAUCAUGCUCAAAUUCAUCCGUACAUCAAUGGAGAGCACAAACGGGAUCGAUGCAUUCAAAUGAAAGAAAAACUUGGGCAUACUUCUGAUCAUGAAGGUUUCUCCAGGGAGAAAAGCUCAAAUUUAAGCAACCACUUUAUGCAUCAUCAGCAGGGCUUCAUGACUAAUUAUGGUGCUUGUAGCCCUGUAAGCAAGACAGUGGAUAGAGCUGAACAGACAUCAAAUAGUACUGUAUCAAAGCCGACUUCACCUGCUUCAGAUGGAUCUUCUGGCAAGCAUUAUCCAGCAAAACGCUUGAAAGUUGAUGUUCCCCAUCUUGUCCAUGUCAAUGAAAUGGAGGCUUCAAAGGAACAACAACCUGCUGCCAAUGAGACUUAUGCAUCUGCUGAAACAGUACAAUCUGAAGUCACUAAUUCACCAACAAAAUCACCAUGUUGUACUUCCUUGGGGGACAACAUUGCUUGCACCGAUAAUGUACAUGGAAUGGAUAUGGUCAGAUUGUCGGGGAGUGCUGUACAAACUGAAGAAGAAUUUCGUCGUGAAAAUAGUGACAUUGAGAUGAAGGAUGCAAAGGUUGAUUUAUUGGACCAAACAUUGUCAGGGGACAGCCUGAGGGCAAGGAAGAGAAGAGGGGCCUCAGUACUUUAUGCAUUAACUUCUGAGGAGCUUAAAGAUCACUUGUGUACUCUGAACCAUGAUACUUCUCAGAGCAAAGUGCCGACUGAAGAGCUGCUAUCAGUUGAAGGCUUGCCUGAUCAGAACACAUGCAAUUUAUGUGGGAUGGAAAGACUCCUCUUUGAGCCCCCUCCACGAUUUUGCGCGCUCUGUUUUAAAAUAAUUAAUUCUACAGGAUCCUAUUAUGUUGAAGUGGAAAAUGGAAAUGACAAAUCUUCAAUAUGUGGCAGAUGCCACCAUCUUAGUAGUGCCAAAGCCAAAUAUCAGAAGAGAUUCAGCUAUGCAGAGACAGAUGCUGAGGCAGAAUGGUGGGUCCAGUGCGAUAAGUGCAAAGCUUGGCAGCAUCAAAUCUGCGCACUUUUUAACCCCAAAAUCGUGGAUCCAGAGGCUGAAUAUACUUGUGCAAAAUGUUUCUUGAAGGAAAAGGAUAAUGAAGAUGUUGAUUCACUUGAGCCAUCUACUAUUCUGGGAGCACGCGAGUUACCAAGAACUAGACUAAGUGAUCAUAUUGAGCAAAGGCUUUCUGAGCGGCUUGUGCAGGAGCGGCAACAGAGGGCAAUUGCUUCUGGAAAAAGUGUUGAUGAGGUACCAGGAGUUGAAGGUCUUACUGUUAGAGUGGUAUCUUCAGCUGAUAGAACACUGCAAGUCCAACCACGUUUCAAGGAUUUUUUUAAAAAAGAACAAUAUCCUGGGGAAUUUCCGUACAAAUCAAAGGCCAUUCUCUUGUUUCAAAAGAAUGAAGGUGUAGAUGUAUGCCUGUUCGCCAUGUAUGUGCAAGAGUAUGGUUCAGCCUGCCCAUCACCAAAUCAAAGGCACGUUUAUCUUGCAUAUAUUGAUUCUGUCAAGUACUUCAGACCGGAAAUCAAGUCGGCCAGUGGAGAAGCUCUCCGUACCUUUGUGUAUCAUGAAAUUUUGAUUGGCUACUUGGAUUUCUGCAAGAAACGAGGGUUUGUAAGCUGUUCCAUAUGGACUUGCCCAUCUACAAAGCGUGACGAUUAUGUUUUAUAUUGUCAUCCUACAAUACAGAAGAUGCCAAAGUCUGACAAGCUUCGGAGCUGGUACCAGAAUUUGGUAAAGAAGGCUGUUAAGGAGGGGGUAGUUGUGGAACGGAAUACACUCUAUGACUUCUUCCUUCAGCCCACCAAUGAAUGCAAGACCAAUAUCUCAGCUGCAUGGUUGCCAUACUGUGAUAAUGAUUUCUGGCCUGGGGAAGCAGAGAGGCUCCUUGAAAAGAAAGAUGAUGACACCUCACAGAAGAAAGAAACUCAACUAGGAAGGCUUCUACGGGUUGCCAAACGUGAUGACCGGAAAGGAAACCUCGAGGAUAUUUUACUUGUGCAUAAGCUUGGAGAAAGGUUGCGAACCAUGAAAGAAGAUUUUUUAAUGCUUUGUCUGCAGCAAUUUUGCAAGCAUUGCCACCAUCCUAUUGUAUCUGGUAGUAGUUGGGUUUGCACCAGCUGCAAAAACUUCUUUCUUUGUGAACGUUGUUAUGCUGAGGAGCUGAAUACCCCUCUGAAGGACAGGCACCCAGCUACAACAAAACAAAAGCAUGCAUUUGAAAGAAUAGAGGAAGAACCUCUUCCAGAAACGGAUGAUGUAGAUCCAACAAUGGAAAGCAAGUACUUUGACAGCAGAAUAGAUUUCCUGAAGCAUUGUCAAGACAAUCAAUACCAGUUUGAUACUCUCCGGAGGGCAAAACAUUCCACAAUGAUGAUUCUUUAUCAUCUACAUGAUUCAACUUGUUCUUCUUGUCACCGUGCCAUGGAUCAAUGCUUGGCAUGGCGGUGCUUGGUUUGCCUAGGCUGCAACUUUUGUGAUUCAUGCUAUAAACAAGACGGUGAAAGUUUGCAUAUUCAUAAGUUGAGGCAGAAAAAAGACCAUCACGUAUUGCAGAAGUACACUCUACAGGACUACCUUGAAGGCUUGGUGCAUGCAUCAAGAUGUUUUGAUCGAAGUUGCACUUCCAAACUUUGUUUGACGUUAAAGAAACUGUUCUUCCAUGGUGUACGAUGUCAUACCCGUGCCCGUGGUGGAGGAGGUUGCCAUAUGUGUGUAUUCAUGUGGAAACUGCUGUUCACGCACUCACUGCUUUGUGACAAUGCAGACUGUUCAGCUCCCAGAUGCAGGGAUAUAAAGGCAUAUAUUGCUGACAGAAGCAUGACAGACCUUAGUAUAUCUGGAUGAGCUUCAUGUGAACUUGUAGAAGUUUUGUUAGACAAUACAAUUUGUUGCUAGAGAUGCAAUAAGCUGGUGUUGACCAUAGUAAGUGGCACAGUAGUGGCAAUAGCAGCAUAGUUUCGCUGGUUUCCCCAGUAUUUGCAUGAAGGCAUGCAGAUGGUGGUGGUUUGGGGAUCAACUUUAUCCUCGUAUUUUCUUGAAUCGCCUAUUUCGACUUUCGAUGGAGGCAUAGCAAAAACCUUACGUAGGCAAUCUGACAUGUUCCCGUAAAUACCUGUAUAGUUCCUUAUUAUAGCUAGAUUAAUAGGAUAGAGGAUUUUCAUUCCUUUUUAUUAUUCCUUUUCUUGAUUGUAUUGAACAAAGGCACAUUUUGUUCAGUGUUUCUGUGCCGUGGCAAAAGUCCAAAUUCAAUGAAUGUGUAUAUUUACUCCCUUGUCGAUCGA